AUGGCAGCCUAUCAAAACCUGUUCAUGUUUGUCGCCGGUUUUACCCUCAUCGCGUUGGCUUCAAAACAGAUUGGACAGCUUUUCACCAGAUUUAAACUCCCCUUGAUUAGUGGCUUUCUCUUUGCCGGCAUAAUCGCAGGGCCCUUUAUAUUCGAUUUCAUUUCAGUAGAGGCGACCAAGCGGUUACGCUUUGUGGAUGAGCUCUCCUUGGCAUUUAUCGCCUUUGUUGCUGGAAGUGAAUUGUACUUAAAGGAGCUGAGAAGCCGAUUUAAGAGUAUUAAAUUGGUAAGUAUUGGCAUUGUCAUCAGCACCUUCAUGUUGGGCAGCUUGACCGUUUUUGCGUUAGCGGAUUUUAUGCCGUUUACGCGGGGACUUCCAGUUGCAAGCCGAAUUGCCAUCGCUAUUCUCGCCGGUGCGAUUUUAGUCGCACGGUCUCCAUCCUCCGCCGUUGCGAUUAUAAAGGAACUUCGUGCCAAAGGUCCAUUUACGCAAACGGUUAUGGGCGUCACUGUCGUUAUGGAUGUCCUUGUCAUCAUCUUGUUCUCUGUCAAUUCCUCUAUCGCGGAUGCCCUCUUAACCGGCCUCCAGUUUAAUCUGACUUUCAUCAUUUUGCUAUUCGUUGAGUUGACGGCGGCAGUGGCAGGGGGAUAUGUCGUUGGAAAAAUUUUACAACGAAUUCUGUCAAGCCGAAUCAAUCAUACCGUAAAGAUAGGUGGCAUCUUACUGACGGGCUAUGCGGUGUUUGCCGUAUUCGCUGGGAUUCGCCAUUUCACCCAUGACAGGUUGCCCUUUGAAGUGUUUGUAGAGCCCUUACUCGUUUGUAUGAUUGGGAGUUUCUGGCUGAUUAACAGAACCGACUUUCGCGAUGAGUUCCUGAAAAUACUCCACGAAGUUGGACCGCUGAUUUAUAUUGCCUUUUUCACACUGACCGGUGCUUCACUCACUUUGGAUAUUUUGGCAGACAUUUGGCCAAUUACGUUACUGUUGGUUGCGGUCCGUUUGGGGGGAAUAUUCAUCGGUUCUUUUACCGGCGGCGUGUUGGCUGGAGACCCGAUGACCUACAACAAAGUCAGUUGGAUGGCUUAUAUCACGCAGGCUGGCGUGGGAUUGGGACUGGCUAAAGAGGUCGGAGGGACAUUUCCGGCGUGGGGUCCGGCUUUCGCCACGCUGAUGAUUUCCAUCAUCGUGGUAAAUCAGGUUGUCGGACCUGCCUUUUUUAAGGGGGCACUCGUUUGGCUAAAAGAGGCGCGUCCUCGUGCCAAGAAAUCCGAGCCGGAUCAGAUACACAGUGCCAUCAUCUUUGGGGCUGACAGCCAAUCACUGGCACUCGCUCGGCAGUUGCGAGCGCAUAACUGGGAGGUAAAGGUCGCAUACAGGCAAACGGGCGAGAUAAAAAAUGUGGCAAGUUCGUAUUUUGACGUUCAGCCGAUGCCCGGUUUUUCGUUGAACGAACUACAAGCGUUUGGCGUAGGCGAAGCCGGUGCCGUUGUCACGAUGCUUUCUGACGAAGAUAAUUACCGUAUCUGUGAACUCGCCUAUGAGCAUUUUGGAACGGAUAACCUCGUUGUGCGGUUGAACGAUUUAGCCAAUUAUGAUCGUUUCCGUGAACUGGGUGCCUUUACUGUCAGACCUUCUACCGCAAUCAUUAGUCUACUGGACCAUUUCGUGCGGGCGCCAUCAUCAGUUUCACUGCUGCUUGGGAUGGAAGAGAACCACGAUAUUAUCGAUUUGGAGGUUCGUAAUCCCAAUCUGGCGGGUAUGGCGGUGCGAGAUUUGCACUUGCCAUCGGAUGCAUUAAUCCUGUCAGUUCGCCGCGCUGGGCAUAUUAUAAUCACACACGGUUAUACAGAUCUACAAAUUGGUGAUUGGGUGACGGUCGUUGGCUCACUAGAUAGUCUGGAAGCGUUGGAGUUGCGAUUUGAUGAACACUUACCAUCGUCCCGCACCACCUAUCCCCUACGACGCGACUUGGCUCUCGAAAAGGAUGCAGCAGGGUAA